UCGAAAUCGACAGAAUCAGCUGAGUAGGACACUCCGUGACACUGUAUGUGACACCGAACACCGACGUAACGCGGAGGCAGCUACAUCCAACACGAUGAUGUUGAAAGCCCUUGUGCUGGUGAUACUCGCCAGUCAAACAUCGGGGUUUAAUUUUACACAAAGCGGAAACUCCUUUAGUGUAGCCCUUAAGAGCCUACUGUUGCUGCAACAGAGCCCAGACUCGCCAUGUGUCUACGUUGGGAAAGUGACGACAGUAUUCAACGAAUUCCUGGGAAAUUUCCACAUCAAACAAUCAACCGACGAAAGGAUUGGUCUAUCCAAGUUUCAAUGGACACCAGCCAACAACACCCUUCUGCUCAGCUAUGCAGAUUUUUGGAUGUCGUUGACAUUCACCGGUGACGCCGAUGGUAACGGCUUCAACGUGGACGUGACGGGUAUGAGCAAGAACAUCAAUCAAGUAUGGAUCAGGUUGGUUGCGCCGGCUGGAGAGAGAGUCUACGGUGGAGGGGAACAGUUCUCCUACUUUAACAUGAAGGGACAUUCCUUCCCCAUCUGGACACGAGAGCAAGGUGUGGGGAGAAACCUCAGUACCCUAGCCACGUUCAUGGCCAACAACCGCGAUGGCGGCGGCGGAGACUAUCACACGACGUACUUCCCCCAGCCGACUUUCAUCAGCUCACGGAAGUACUACUUUCAUUACACUGGAAGUAACUACGCAAAACUCGAUUUCAGUAACUCGUAUCACGAGAUCUCGUUUUACGAGACUCCCAUUGGUACAAUGAGGUUUGCCACAGCACCGACCUUGAAGAUUCUUGUCAGCGGGCUGAUAUCAAUGUUGGGUAACGUUCCUGAGCUGCCUGACUGGAUCUAUGACGGCGCCGUCAUAGGCGUUCAAGGUGGCACACAGAAGAUGAUGGAUUACAUAAAUUUGGCGGAAGCUCAUGGUCUGAAGGUGACUGGCGUAUGGAUACAAGAUUGGUCCGGAACUAUUACUACCACAUUCGGACAGAGAGUCUUCUGGGACUGGAAGUGGAACCCCGAUAGGUACCCAGGUCUGGACGAGUCAGUCAAGACACUCAAGGCCCGUGGUAUCCACGUCUUUGUGUACGUCAACCCGAACCUCAACGCCAAUGGGACUUUGUUCAAGCAAGCAGACGCUAAGGGCUACUUCAUACAGAACUCUCAGGGGAAGACCCUGGUCCAGAAUUUCGGCGAGUUCUACUGCGGCACCAUAGACCUGACAAACCCAGAAGCCUUUGAGUGGUACAAGAAUGAGAUACUGAUCAAGAAUGUGAUAAACUUUGGUUUUGGUGGCUGGAUGGCCGACUUCGGGGAAUAUACCCCUGCCUACGCGACGCUGCACAACGGCACGGCGACCAUGAGGCACAACGAAUGGCCCACUUUAUGGGCCCGCAUGAACCGUGAGGCUCUACAGGAGACGGGCACGGAAGGCGAUAUUGUUUUCUUCAUGAGGGCAGGAUUUACAGGAACCGGCAACUACAGCGUCAUGAUGUGGGCAGGGGACCAGAACGUUGACUUCAGCUACGCAGAUGGACUCGCCUCAACCAUACCCGCUGCCCUAUCGAUGGGAAUAACGUCACACGGACUCACCCAUUUCGACAUAGGGGGUUACACUACCGCUUCUGCAAUGGGUAUGGUCCGGACUGAGGAGAGGUUGCUUCGCGGAGCUGAACAUGCAGUGUUUGGGCCCAUGUUCCGAACUCACGAAGGAAACCAACCAACUGCCAAUGUCCAGUUCUACUCCAACAAGUGGAUUACCGUCAAGAUGGCCCGUCUCUGUCAAAUGUUCACUCUGUUGAAAAACUACAGCAAAAAUGUCGUUCGCGUGACGUCACAGACAGGAAUCCCAGCGCAGCGCCCACUAUUAUUGAACUACGAAGAUGACGUAAAUACCUAUGACGUCACUUAUCAGUAUAUGUACGGAGAUGACCUUUUGGUCGCGCCGGUAUUUUUAGCCAAUCAGACAAAGUGGGACGUUUAUCUGCCGAAUGACCAAAGUUCUAACUGGAUCUUCCUUUGGACUGGCAAGGAAUAUCCAGGCUCCCAAACGGUCACGGUGGACGCUCCAGUAGGUCAGCCUCCGGUGUUUUAUCGGAAGAUAUCCCCAUAUGCUGCAGUCUUCCAGCAGAUCGGAAACUUCUCUUUGGUGGUCACCCCAACAACCCCAACACCCCCUCAACCCACCGGUCACCGCAUUAACCCCUCAACUUGCUCGGCCGGAUUCAUCACAUUUUCAUUCGCACUGGGAUCUUUAUCUCUGUUCUUUGCUCUUAAAGCUCUGUUUUAAAUGUGUUGUGAUUCAUAUUCAGAUAGGGUAUUCGUGUUUGACUGAAGACUUGCAGGUGCAGUAUCUACCCAGGAUGUACUGAACGUUAUGACGUGGAAUUGGUCUAGCGGACCACGACGUCGCCGCGUCUGGCUGUUUGGUCGAAUCCUGCAUACACCCCUGUUAUGUUCUUUCGGUUUGUCAGGGCAAUAUCGGCGUUCAUUGUUUUUGCCACAGUGAGUGAGUGAGUUGAGUUUUUCGCCGCUUUUAGCAAUAUUCCAGCAAUAUCACGGCGGUGGACACCAGAAAUGGGCUUCACACAAUGUGCCCAUGUGGGGAAUCGAACCCGGGCCUUGGGCGUGACGAGCGUACGCUUAAACCACUGGGCUACCCCACCGCCCCCCACAGUGGUACAUGUAAACACACUGCAUUACUACGGGUUUCCUUUGAAAUCAUCCAUAUUUAUGUAUCAAUAAAAUUCAAUGUUGCCUUAAAAGUCAUAUCUCCGGUGAGUGUCCCUGAUAUGUCAUACUGUUUGUGUACUACCCAAAAGAAGUUUCUUUGAUAUUAAAAAAUAAUAUGAACAAA